AAUCUAGCCCGAAUAUAUUGACACCCGCAGCCCCUCACCUUGACAGAGACAAUAGACAGAGGUGUCAAUGGUGUCUGGGGAUAUUAUUUAACAAGGUUGGACUCCUGGAAUACCUUCAAAUUGCUGUAAAUAUCCCAGCAUUGCCAUCUUCCAAAAAGUCUCCUUCUGGCUCUCCAUCUGAGGUGCUCCUGACCCUAAACUGGUGCCCUGCGGCACCCCCUCACUCUCCUCCACAGUGUCGCCUCUACACCAGAACACCAGCAGCCAUGACAUUCCUCAUGAAGCACAUGUUGGGGGACAAGUUAAAAAAUAUGAAAGGCGGAGGAGGAGGAGGAGAGGAGGGUGACAGCACUGCGGCUGCAGACGGCAAGGAGACUCCAGCAUCCAAAGGCAUGUCCCGAGAGGAGUUUGAGGAGUAUCAGAAGCAACUGGUGGAGGAGAAGAUUCAGCGAGAUCAGGAUUUUGCUGUUAAAAAGGCUGAGAGGGCCAAUCUCAGGGUGGCUCUGAGAGACAAGUAUCGCCUCCCAGAGAGCGGUCAAGACGAUGCAACCAUCCAGAUGGCGGGAGAUGAUAUUGACCUUCCAGAGGAUCUUGCCAAGAUGGUAGAAGAGGAUGAAGAAGAGGAGGAGAUCAAUGACUCACUCCUGGGCAAUCUUCAAAACAUGGACAUGGAUGCAAUAAGAAUCAAAGCUCAGACCACUAUGACAGAGGUGAAGCAGGCAGCAGAGGAGAAGUGUGUUGUCAUGUGAUUAUUCACAGGAUUGCUCUUCCACAAAUGGACUUCAGCCACACGUCAAAAUCCAAGUCACCAAAAUAUCGAAUUCAUAGUUU